ACAAACUGAACAUGUCCAAAAUGAACCUCAUUCUUUCUCCUCGCCUCCCCCCCGCCCCCCCGCCCCAUAAACCUAGCUCCAUUCCAAGUUUAGUAAUUUACUUAAAUACCAUCUUCCUUACUAUUGACACUCUGUUCAUCCUCACCGCACAUAUGGAAUAGGUUUGGCAUUUUGCCUUUUCUACCUCCACUGUACUUCCUACAAAUGUCCCCUUCUCUCCUCUGACUGCCACCCCCCUGGUUCAGGCCCUUAUCAUGUCACUCCUGGGCUGUAACAACAGCUUUCUGAUGUCCCUCCUUCUAGUUUUUCCUCAUCCCAAAUCGUCUCUACCCCGCUGCCAAAAUGCAGUCUGACUGUGUCAUCCCCUUACUUAACUCCAGUGACUCCCUAUCACCUCCAGGAUCAGACAUAAAAUCCUUUGGCUUUCAUAACUUGGCCUUUUUCUACCUUUCUAUGUCCCUCCAAGCACUCUGCGUUCCACUGACUCUGGCCUUCACGCUGUCGCUCACUCAUGGAACUCCAUUUCCCACCUCCACGCCUUUGCCCUAGUGGGGAAUGUUUCCCCUCUUCAUCACAGACUUUAGUUUUUUGCCCCUCUCACUUCAAGGCUCCUCAUCCUGAUGUCCGGGCUACUCGGGCAACUCCCACAGACUGCCCUGGAUUUCGUUUGCAUUUAAUCUGUUAUCUGCUUCUGUGGGGACCAGCGGUUUCUCUCGUGACUGCCCAAGGCUCCUGGAGGGCUGGAUAGACAUUGGAGCUGAGGCUCUAAAAGAACCCUCCAGCCUGCGUGCCUAUUCCAGACUUUGGCGCGGGCUGGCCCUUUAAGGGGGAGGGGACCAGAUGCCUCUGGGGCGGGGCCUUCGUGUGCGCGCUGCCGUCGUGACCAUGGUUACGGCGUGACUGGAACGCAGGGGGCGGGCUCAUAUCCGCGCAGCGCCCGCUCCCCUGACUCCCAGUCCCAACCCGGUGAGUCAGACCUGCGACCCAGGGACACUGAAGCAGCAAGGGGGAGGCAGCGCGGGGGUUGGGGAUAGGGACAAGUCUCCUCUAGGGCCCUGCGAUGUGCGGGGAGGGGAGGGACCUCGAGAUGGGGGGCGGGGCUUGGCGCGCAGGUGGGCAUGGGGAGGGGCCUAUUCUCCAGGGCAGGCCCAGGGUGGGGGCGGGGCCUCGCGUUGGGGGCGUGGCCGCUGGCUCGCCUCUGGGCAUUCCCCUGACUCUUCCCCUCUCAGAGCCCCUAAUGAAGGUGGAGGGCGGGGCUGCACACGGGGGCGGGGACAUGGGCUGGAGAGGUGAGCCUGUCCCCGCCCCUCAGGGAGCCACCUGCCCGGCAGGGCGGGGCAGGGGGCGGGGCUCCACCAUGUCCCGCGUCCCCGCAUCCCUGUGGGGGCUGCUGGAGGAGCAUAUUCAGCCUCCCGAGAGGGCAGAGGUGAAGAGGAUCCUGGGUGAGGCCGCGGUGGACCUGAGCCUGGAGCUUCGGGCAGAGGCGGAAAUCCUGGAGGCCCUCCUGGAGGAGGAGCGCAAGGUGGUCCAGGGUUCUGGCCACGCCCCCCACCCCAACCCCUUCUCGCUGCUGGCCCCGCCCCCGCUGAUGCGGGACCUGGUGAGGAGGGAGCUGAGGCAGCUACUGUGUGGUCUUCACCAAAAGGCGGUGCUGGAGGGCAGGGACACGGCCAAAGCAUGGGCCCGCUACAGCCCCAAAGUGCUUCGCUUUGCCCUUGGAGACCCCAGGGACCCUGUAGAGGACAAGCUUGAAGCCAGGCUGCCGGGAUCCCCGGGCCUCAGCCUCCAGGACCUCAGUGCAAUCAAGGAUUGCCUCAACGUGGCCAACAUCGACCGGGUCAUCCAGCAUCUCCGGACCCUCCUGAAAGAGGAGUGCUGUGCUCUGGAAAGAGAGAUCAAAGCCCUGCAGCUCUGCCUGGAGGACGUGCACAGCUCGGUGACAGAAUCCUCUCUGAUGACAUCGGAGCCCACUCUGGCAGAACUCAAAGAACAGAAGAGGGCCAUGGAACAGGACCUGCUGGGGCCCCCAACACCCCUGGGCCUUUGUCCCAGCUUGCAAGAAGACAAGAGCCAAGAUGCUGGCUGGCAAGGGCUGGGCAGGCAGGGAAUGCUCUCCAGCAAAGGCCAGGACCUGCCCUUUUCUGGGCAGCAGCACCAGGAGUCCCUGAGCUAUGGCCUGCUGCCUGCCCUUCCCCCUACUUCACACUUCCCUAAGCCUCCUCAGCCACAGGCCUCGGGCACCUCCUCCCACCAGAGCCGCUGGGGCCGCCGCCUUCAGUGCCAUUCCCGAGAAGGGCCAAUGCCCAGUGCAGGGCUUCCUUCAGGCACCCCCUCCUGAUGGCUGUGGCCUGGCAGCCGGGAGCCAAGCUGGGCAAUAAAGACCCCCACGCUCAGGAG